CACACCACUCUUGGCUAACAAGAUUGUAUCCGACUAGGUGAACAGAGAGAGAAAUCAAGGAAGGUUGGUCGUGAUAGGUGACCUGACGACAAAGAUUCCCUGAGGGAAUAAUAUAGAGGAUUGUGGGAAGGCAGUGUUUGAGAUAUAUUCCGAAUGGAGUCAGAUUAGGGCACAAAAAAAGUAUACUUUCUGAAUCCUCACAAUACUUAGGUCUUCACUCUUGUCGUGCGUGGACUCCCCGUUCCUAUUUUGUUGUGGCACGUAUGCAAUAUCCAAAACACGACUUCUUCCAUCUUUAACUCCCUCGACAGGUCCCCAGAAAUCUUCAGACAGACAAGAUGAGGGCAGCGUCAAUGAUCCUGGUUAUGACGCUGCUUUCCAUGGGAAUGUUAUGCAACCUGGUGAGAUCAAGCGUCGACGGUGUCUACGACGUGAUGAGAACCGCCAUCUUCACUGGGAAGGUCAUGCCAGCACAGUACAUCAAGCACAAUGUCACAGUUGAGAAGCCCUGUCAGUGUAGACACCUCUGCUACGUGGUCAUUAACUGCACGAGCACCACUUGGCUCAGGAUGGCGGAAAGCAACGCAUCGCGAUGCCUCAUCUCUGAGACCUACUUUGGCCAUUUGGAGCUGCAGGAACCAGGCCAAGGGAUCUCCUCUGCCACGACUUUCUACUGGUUCAAGUCUGAUUUCACACGGGGCAAAUACGGAUUCUACAAGGUGCACUGCACGGAGCUUCAGAACUUCUCUGUAGCUCUGAACACCUGCAAGGCUGAAGGAGGGCAGCUGGCUACUCUGGAAACCACCCCAAAGCGUGACGAAGUGACGGCUCUCCUCAUUCAGGGUGAUGGAGCGAGAUACUGGAUAGGACUCUACCGAGAGGGCCCCACAGCAAAUCCGGUGUGGAUGAAUGUCAAUGGAAACAUGUCAGUGACCUCAGGCACCAUAACUGCGAAAGGGAGUGAGAACUGUUAUUCAUUGGUUAAAUGGGGAUCUUGGAUUGUUGAGGACCACAUCUGUAACAGUGGACUGUGCUUAGUGUGCGAAAGAAACUUCUAUUAGUUCGAAGAACCACCUGUGUGAUGCUGUUACUACCUAGACCCAUGCUGCUAUUAACCUAGAACCCAACUGUGAUGCUGUAACAACCUAGACCCAUGCUGCUAUUACCCAGAACCCAACUGUGGUGCUGUUAUUAACCUAGAACCCAGCUGUGAUGCUCAUUUCUACCGGAAACCAUCUGUCUCAUUGUCUUGCUCAAUAAGUCUCGACUUAAUAGUGUUGUUUUAAUUCAAAAUUGACUGUGUUGUCCCACCGACUUAACUUAAUAAUGUUUGUUUCAGUUCAUGAUUGAAUACAGGGCUACAUUUUUUUUUUUUUUACUUUAGUUACAACACUGUUUGAGUUUGUGUGUGUGAGUUUGUCUAAAGCCAACUGCUGUGUUGUGUGAAUUAUAAUAGUGUUUUCACUUUGUGAUCGUUUCACUAGAGUUUUUAAUAGUCUGAGUGUGUUUUAUUUCCAGUUAAUUACAGAGUGGCUGUCAUCCUAAGCUAAAUAUAAUCUCUGAUAGCUAUUUCACUAUAAUUUCACUUUUAAAACGCGUGCCAUCGCCCUGGUUUAUAACUAGGCCUAGUGCUGUGUGACCUCUCCUUAAACAAAUGUACAGGUUUUUUUUUAAAGUCAUAUAGAGUUGUCGUUACCUAGAAUUACACGUAUACCAUAUUUUAAAUGAAAUCUAAAGCAAUUGUGUGGUAUUGCCAAGCACUGGUUUGUGACAAGCAAAGGUUGUAGUAUAGGCCUACAUGUUCAGUUUUGCAAGCUAUUAGUCAUUAUUAAAAGAAUUUAUACAUUAAUCAAUAGUUGAUAAAACACAACUGGAUGUUUGUGUACAUUUGAUUUUAAUGUGACAAUAUACACAUGGAUACAUUUUUUAAAAAUAAAUAACUAUAUAAAACUAAAAGUGCUUUUGAUUC